CACAAGUACUUUAGUUACAGUGUUGGGUGAGUUUGAAACAACUCCCCCUGCCUUGGGCUUACACACACGGGGACUGGAUUUCCUAUCCCACCCGCUCCCGUGCGGGCUGCCUUCUGCUGCUGCUGCUUUUCAAAUCAAGGCCAAGCUGCGGGCUCUGAUUUUUGUUUUGUUUUUGGCCUGCCCCUCUCACCUCCCCCGUUUUUUUUCCUCUCUUUUGCUUUGAUUUCUGCGCGCGCGCGUGUGUUUUGCCUCCGCCGAUCUUCACAAAUCGCUUUGGCAUGAGUUAAACCCCCGAUAUGGACACCAAACAUUUCCUGCCACUGGAUUUUUCUACUCAAGUCAAUUCCACGUCCCUGAACUCUCCGACUGGCCGGGGUCCUAUGGCCGCACCUUCCCUCCAUCCACCCAUUGGGCCAGGCAUUGGCUCCUCGCUGGGAUCUCCGGGUCAGCUCCAUUCACCCAUCAGCACUCUGAGUUCCCCCAUCAAUGGCAUGGGUCCUCCUUUCUCUGUCAUCAGCUCCCCCAUGGGGCCUCACUCGAUGUCUGUCCCUUCAACUCCCAGCCUUGGAUUCGGAACCGGCAGCCCACAGCUCAAUUCUCCAAUGAACCCCAUCAGCAGCACAGAAGACAUUAAACCGCCCUUGGGACUCAAUGGAGUUCUUAAAGUGCCAGCACACCCAUCAGGAACCAUGGCCUCCUUCACCAAGCACAUAUGCGCCAUCUGUGGGGACAGAUCUUCAGGUAAACAUUACGGGGUGUACAGCUGCGAGGGCUGCAAAGGUUUCUUCAAGCGCACAGUGCGGAAGGACCUCACCUACACCUGCCGCGACAAUAAGGAUUGCUUGAUUGACAAGCGCCAGCGGAACCGGUGCCAGUACUGCCGGUAUCAGAAGUGUCUGGCGAUGGGCAUGAAGCGAGAAGGGAUGGAGCACCAUCCAUCCCGGCCCACAAGACUUCUGGGAAGCCAAGAAGAACAAGCUGUGCAGGAGGAGAGGCAGCGAGGGAAGGACCGAAACGAGAACGAGGUGGAGUCGACAAGUAGCGCCAAUGAGGACAUGCCCGUGGAGAAGAUCCUGGAAGCCGAACUCGCAGUGGAGCCAAAGACAGAGACAUACAUUGAGGCAAAUAUGGGCUUGACUCCUAGCUCGCCCAAUGACCCGGUAACCAACAUAUGCCAAGCAGCAGAUAAACAGCUCUUCACCUUGGUGGAAUGGGCAAAGAGAAUUCCCCAUUUUUCAGAACUGCCGUUGGAUGACCAGGUCAUCUUACUCAGAGCAGGCUGGAAUGAGCUCCUAAUCGCCUCCUUCUCCCAUCGUUCCAUAGCUGUGAAAGAUGGGAUCCUCCUGGCCACCGGCCUGCAUGUGCAUCGGAACAGCGCUCACAGCGCAGGAGUCGGCGCCAUCUUUGAUAGAGUACUGACAGAACUCGUGUCAAAAAUGCGAGACAUGCAGAUGGACAAGACGGAGCUGGGCUGCCUGCGAGCCAUUGUCCUCUUCAACCCUGACUCGAAAGGACUCUCCAACCCCACUGAGGUGGAGGCUUUGCGUGAGAAGGUGUACGCGUCACUAGAGGCAUACUGCAAACACAAAUACCCCGACCAGCCUGGAAGGUUUGCAAAACUCUUGCUUCGCCUCCCCGCCCUCCGAUCCAUUGGCCUGAAAUGCCUGGAGCACCUGUUCUUCUUCAAGCUAAUAGGAGACACGCCCAUCGACACCUUCUUGAUGGAGAUGCUGGAAGCACCCCACCAAAUGACUUAGAGAAUCUUGGCUGGGUCAGUUCCUUCACCCAGUGAGGGCCUCAGCAGCCUCCUCACACCUCCACUUUUCCUCUUCCUCCUCCCUCUCCCUGGUGCCGGAGACCCCAUCCGAUCUUCUCCGUCUGACCCAGGGUGACACCCCGCCACCCCUUGCCUCCUCGUCACGCUGACCUCUGCUCAUUUUUUCACCGCUGCAUCGAAGGAGCUGACGAUUGUUUUACUGUUUUAGAUGUAGAGAAGUGGGACGUAGCGUUUCAAAAGCAAACAACCCCCCUGCUCCGCCUCCUGGCAUACCUGAGUUUGAAACCCAACUGAAGCUCAGGCUUCUCGGCUCCCUGCCUGCCCCUGCCGUAGUUGGGUUUGGAUUUCUGCAUGCGGCUGAGAUGGCUGGUUGGAAGCACGCGGCAGGGUUGAUCCCACCCAUAGGAACCCUGGCGGCUGGAGUUUGGAUGGGCUGGGGGAGUGGUUUAAUCCUGCUUACCCACAGCUGGAUAUUUUCAGAGGAUGGAGUUUCUGAAAGAGGAAAGAAUCUAUAUUUUUGGUUUCUAACAAUUAGUAUUUACUUCUCUCAAGGAAAGCCGCUCUGGAAUGGCCCCUGCCAUGUCGCGAAUGAAGAUCUUUUGCAGAGCUUUCCCUUUUGAAUGAAAAGCAGAGGAUUGUGGGAUUGAUCGCUAAUCCCCUUCCCCCUCCUCAAACUAAUGACCUGAACGGAGAAAUGACCGGUCACACCGAGAGACUGAGCCCCCCUCUGUGUGUGGAGGGCAGUGUGGACGGCGGUGACUUCAGUGCCCUGCUUUCCUUCUGGAAAAGCAACAGCGUGUCUUGAUUUUUCCAAAGAUGACUGUUCUUUCAGUUGUGGAGCUAGCCAAUCAAAACAUGAACCAUCUGGAUUGCACAAGUCUUUAGCAGUUGUUUUAAGGCUGCAGUGAUUCCAAUUCCCACUCCCCUCAUAAGAGUCUUACUGGAAUCCCUACCUCUCCCUUAACACACAGGCAUAACACACAGGCAUUCGUCAUGACCCAUAACACUAUGUGCAUUUCACAUUAUGGUGUCCACGCACACUUGCUCAAGCAGGCCAAGCAAACUAGUUGAUGUUAGUCAGCUUGCCAGGGGUUAUAGGAGAGCCAGUUUGCCUGGCAGUAGGACUGAUGGCUACUAGGAGCUGGUAAUGGGCAGAGUGGUGCGAAUAACCAAUUUUUCAGCUCAUGGUCACGUUGAUAGGGCCCAGUUCGUCACUGUUUUACAGAAUCAUUGACCUCAGUGCAAAAUGUUACCACCCUCAUUUGACGAUUUGGCAGCACGUGUGUAAAUGACUGCACAGGGUGCCAGGCAAUGAGAAAUUGGGCCCUAGGGGAGCACUUAAUUGAUGAGAUUGAUUGGUGAAGUGAAGGCUGUGCCUUCCCCAAAACUCUUCCCCGUCUGCUGUAGGUAUUGAUUUUUGUGAGUGAGUUGGUGCUCCCCACAGGGAUCAGAAAAUGGGGGUGCAGCCUCUGUCCUAGUGGCCAAAAAGGUGAUUUUCCAUUUGCUGGUUAAAUAUUAAAUUUACCAUCUCAGAAUAGAGAUUUCAAAGCAAUCCCACAUUCCUCCCCCCAGAAAUCCCCUUUGCUUUCUCCAUUGGACUCUCACAUCAUUUUCUUAGAGCAACAUGUGAUGAGCAUUCAGGGACACCUCCAUUUUGGAAGGACCUGGGCGGGAAAUCUUUGCCACACCUGAGGAGAUAUCAGAGAACAGCAGGAAGCACUGAAGGGACCACUUCCCUUUGCAGUACCUUUGGCUGAUAGUCCAUGUUUCUGUGGUAAUUCUGAGGGAAGCUAUGUUAUAAAAAUUCGGCUUUAGGCAGGAAACAAAAAUGCAGUAAUUUGAGCUUGCCAAUUCAAAAAUCUCUGUUUUCUUGGACAGCAAGGUGGCUGGUGGGUUUUUAGAUACUUCCCUAAAUGCUUCGAUCCUAGAAGCACCACCACUGAAGAGCAAUUACUUGCUGAUCAGAGAUACUAAUAGGAUCUUAUCCAUUAGAAAGCAGGAUUGUUCCAUACAGCCUGUUCCCCAGAAUUCUGUCCAGUCCAGUUUGAAAUGACCUGGGAACCCAGGACUCCACCACUUCCCUUAGAAGGGAGGUUAUUUCACAGUCUGCUGGAUCUCACUUUUACAAAGUUUUUUCCAGCUCUUCAGCCUGUUGGCUGCUUGUCCCAGGCAGCAGGAGCCGCUUUAAAACAUGUGUGGGGAGAGGCUCCAUUUUUUUGCUUUUACAGACUGCUGGCUUCUCACUUAAUCCCUGUGCAUUUGCCAAAUCGCAGCACUUCACAAACUCCAGGGAACGUCUUCAGGUUUCUUAGGGGGCAGCGAAUCAGCCAGGGAGCAGGUGUCGCCUGAGGCCAACCUAGAAAACAAAUGAAAAGGAAAAGCAGAAGAAACAAUGAAGUAUCUUGCUGAUUUUUUCAGAGGGAAGUAGCUGUUCUUAACACAUGAAAGGAGCAUUUGGGCCAAGACAAGAACGAGAUGCCUGUGGUUGGCUCCCUACCAGCAACUUCUCAUCUACUUUUAUUUGGUUUGUGUUUUAAAAUGACAAAUUAUUAGAGUCCAAAACUAUUUCUUCCCCUCUCCUCCUCCCCUGCCGCCCCAUUGGUUGCAACUGGCUCUUUAAAUAGCUGCUUUGUGUCUCAGUCAAGUGUGAUCAAGCAAAUUCAACCCUCGGCUGUUACCUAUGUUCAUUCAGAGGCACGGUUGAUAUUCAGUCUUACAGCUGCUGCCCCCUUUCCAAGCACGCUGGCAGUUCAAUUUCUGUCAGUGAAUAAGGCCAUCUUGUAGCUCAACAAGGAUUUCAGGUCAAAACUGCCCCCCAGUCCAGUCUCAAGUGUCAAAUCCACAGAGGCAGGGAACAUGUUUUGGCUGCGUCUCUUUGGCAGCCUGGGCGCUGCUAAAAAUAUUAUUAAACAGCUUCACUCUGGAAGAAUUUGCCAAGAAAACAAGGCAAGAGAACGUAGUCAUCUAGAGGAUGCCAACGUGGACCAUCAUGGUCUAUGCAUUUCCAUCCGAAGAGUGAGAGAGUGGUCAGCAGGAGCUUGUGGGUACCUGUAAACUUCUCACCAGGCUGGCACCUGGGAUCUGAGCCCAAGAGCGCCAUGGUUAUUUUUUAACCUGCAUUUUGGAUCCCAAUCCCUGUCCGUGCUACUGAAUCUCAGGUGUUUAAACAUUUUAGAAGGCGUCUCAGAAGCCUGGAUUGUGUGUUUUGUCUGCCUGGAGCCUGCUUGCCAGAGAAUAUCAGGAUGCUUUAUUAAAGAGUCCAUUGAACAUAACACUGUAAUAAACAUUUAGUCUUGUUUAUCUCCAUUGGGCAGACCCCCUUUUUUUUCUUAAUUGGAUGCUUGAAAGGAGCUGUGUUAUGGGCUGGAAGUCCGAGUUGCUGCUUGUUUUUCUAGGCUGCAAAUGUGAGCUCUUAGCCAGCUCGUCAUCAGCCAUCAGAAGAAGCUAGGGAACGGGCUGGUUUAGGCCAAAGACGGACUUGUAUGUGUGUAGAGGGGAUUCUGAGCCCCCUGGGGAAAAGUGGGAAGAGCUCCGAUCUAAUGAGCAUCCAGCACAUUUCGCCCACAUUAAUGUAGAACCACGUCUGAGUCUAAAUGGCUUCCCUGGCUCUUCAAUAAAUAAAUAGUUCAGUAUCCCAGAGCAGUGGUUCUCAAACUAGGGCCACUGCUUGUUCAGGGAAAACCCCUGUCGGGCUGGGCUGGUUUGUUUACCUGCCACGUACACAGGUUCGGCUGCUCGCAGCUCCCACUGGCCGCAGUUCGCUGCUCCAGGCCAAUGGGGGCUGCGGGAAGGGCGUCCAGCACAUCACUGGGCCCGCACUGCUUCGCGCAGCCCCCAUUGGCCUGGAGAGGCAACCGUGGCCAGUGGGCGCUGCCAUCAGCUGAACCUGCGGACACGGCAGGUAGACAAAUUGGCCUGGUCUGCCAGGGGCUUUCCCUGAAUAAGCAGUGGCUCUAGUUUGAGAACCACUGUCCUAGAGCAAUACUGUCAAACACUGCAGUACCAGUAGUAGAAACUUGAGCAUCGCUGCAGAAUCCUGUAGGUUAAAGAUGAAGUAUCAUCCAGCAGUUACAUCAGGCAGUCUAGCAGUCAGGACUCCUGCCAGAGACUUGCUGUGUAACCCUGGGCAUGUUUCUGUGCCUUGAUUUCCCUUUCUUUAAAAUGGGAAUAAUAAUAAUGCCUCCCAAGCAUGGAGCAUGAGGCUCGAGUAAUGUUUCAAAGCAUCCCAUUGCAGGUGGUUCUGUUGGAAUGCACAGUGCUUUUUAAUUUCUAGUGGUAUUUCCACAAAGGUAGAGACAGAUCUUCAACUGGUGCAGAUCGGCAGAGCUGCAUUGACGUCAGUGGAGGCUAUGGUGAUUUCUGCCAGCUGAAGAUCUGGCCUUCAGGGAGUCGAGGCAGCAUUUGUAGGAGCGUAUUUGACCCUGAACAAACAUGAACAGCCCAGGACCUACAAGUGACAGUUACCAAAAUCAUAUCCCAACCCAAAUGUUCUUGGCCUUGCUUGUUCCCCAGCUGGAGUGACGUGGAAACCCACGUGGGCUCUGUGACUUUUGCAGCAGCAGCAGCCUUAAAGUGACCUGCUUUUACAUGAAUUUAAUUGACUCCUUCAUUUGUAUCUUCCUUCACAUCGGGUUUUUUCCCCCUCCUCAUCAUUAUAAUUAUUAUAACUAUAAUACAUGCUUGUUUGAAGAGGUGAUACAUGGGUAAAAAAGAAAAGGCACAUUCACUAGAGAGCUAGGACUUCUACUUAACCAGACAUUAAUAUUCUCGCAAAAUCUGGUUCGAUUAAGGUGAUUUAUUUUUUAAUUCUUGGUUGGUUUUUAUUAUUAUCAUUAUUAUUAUUUUUUUGGUGGGACAAUCUUUAAUUUUCUAAAGAUAGCACAAACAUCAGCUCUUCAGCCACCACCUGCCACACUGGAUGUUCCUCGCUGCCUUGUGUGUGUUUCCACUGGAUCCUGGAACAAACGGAGUUUCAAUCAAUGUGCAUUUUAGGAUGUUUCCUCAUGAAGCCUUUGCACCUUCCCCCCACUCCCGUCUCCCCCAACCCCUAACUCCCAAACACCCAAACAUUCGCCGUGGAGCUAUUUGAGUGAAAGGCCUUGAAAACGUACAAGUACUGUAUACUUAGGCAACGUACAAUGUAACUGGCCUCAUGGUUCCUGGCAGCCUAGCUAAUCUCUGCACUUUCAACCUUUAGACAGCAGUUUCAACUCAAAUCUGCGUCACAUCCAUUGGAGAGGAAUGUUCCAGCCUAAACCCAGAGAAGUCUGCAGCGGGGGAAAAGUGAUACAUCCGAUUGGUUUUGUCUCAAAGGUCCAGGACUGGAAAAGCAAAUUGGCUCCACCCCCAGUCCCUGGAGUUCUCCAGUGAACUGUAAGAUCCGGUCUCUCUGAGUCGUAUAUUUCUUUGGAACAGACUGCAGCCCACUUGCGUAACUGAAGAAUAUAUUCAGCCACCCAUCCUUUGACUCUUUGCCUGCUCAUCCCUUCCCUCGCUGCCACGACCCAUCAGCCCGUUGAAACCAGUCGGGGUGUAAGUGGCGCACAUCCAGCGGCCAAGCUGACGCAACCUUCUACCUGGACUGUUCAGCAGCUCUGAAGCGAUUUGCUCUUUUCCAAAGGGCAAGAGGAACUUCAAUUUUUGUGAUCAGCAAAUGAACAAAGGCUGGUUCUUUAUCAUCAGAGCAGGACACCAAAGGAGCCACACCUGACCACCGAUCUCCCAAUCAACAUUUUGCCACUCUUUGAGGACAAUCCUAAAUGGUGGUGGUCGAAGUGAGAUCAAGGAUGGAGACACAUGACCUUGUAGCCGGCCCCUGUUACCAGCAGUGGCUAAAUAGCUGAUGAUGUCCCCAUCAGUGACCAGAGUGCAUGAUUUAUUUUAAGUUGAUACAUAUGUGCGUGUGUAUACAUGUAUGUACUGUAGAUAUAUACACUGUAUAAAUAUCCUCACUCACAUAUACAUAUAUUAUAACCGUAGCAAUUACAGACUUUUGUGUUUUUGUUUUCUUUAAGUUGAUUCUUUUAUUUUGCUCGUACAUUUUUGCUUCAUGUAAGCGAAUACAUUGUAUCAGAACCCUUUCUGGAUUGGCUUGCACCAAGUCCAGAUCUUUAUAACUCAAGACAAAGGAAAUGCAUCUAUUUUAAGAUGCCUUUUUUUUUAUUAGAAGCAGGUGAUUUGACUAAAAUAGCUUUAGCAAUUCCCAACACUUAGCGACAGAUGCCUUAGCUAUGGGGUGCAUAGCUAAAAUAAAAUACAAUUUAGAAAGAAUUACAAAAAUAAAAAACAAAUAAAAAAGAUAAGGAAAAAAUAUCUAAAGCAUCAAUAAAGUUUAAAAAAUCUAUUUUUGUACAAAUGUAAUUUUAUCCCUUACAUAUUCUUUGAUUGUUUUAUUUCUGCUUCUAUAGAGAUUGUUGUAAACUCUUUCUCUCUAUAUAGAUGUUCCACCACAGGGACGGAAACCUGAAUGAGAGGGAGAAAAAAAUGACAGUGUUUUAAAGGCUUUCUAUGAAAUCUCUUUGGAAAUAUUUUUUUUAAUGAACUUUUUAUUCUUUCUUCCCCACUUCUGAAAAAAAAAAUUUUUGGUCUCUUGUCAUGUUUAUCCGGCAUUCCUGCAGGUCUGUUUUACUGUGAAAUCACUACCGUGUAUUAUUGUUCACACACACACAAAAUGCUGCUGGAAACACCAGUAUUUUGAUGAACAAUUGUAUUAGAAUUGUAAAAAAAAAAAGAGGAAAAAAAGAAAAUAUAU